GGUUGGCUUGUCGGAGAAGACGUCAAGUUCGUACCCACGCUAGAGGAUGUUGAGUCGAUGAACACACCUGUUCACGUGCUGGUGGUGGCUCCAGGAAUUAUAACUACCGUUGAGGUGAGGGAGAGAAAAGAUGAAAUGCUCAUGGCCGAGUUGGCGUAUUACCAACGCCUUGGUCAAGAGAUCCAAAUCAAGUGCCACAGUUGCUGUGGUGCAAUUCUUGACAAAAUCGACACCAUUUACGAGGAAGGGUCUCAUCCGAAGCCUUUCAUUUGCGUGGAAGGGUCAUCUGGAAUGGGGAAGUCGCAACUGGCGUUUUCAUUGGGAGGCGAAGGACGCAAAUAUCCACGGCCGUGGUUUUAUUGGCCUCUUCUUUCUGCGGGGGAAGAAAUGCAACGCGUGUAUUGGAACUUUUCAUCAAUCGCGACUGCCUUCGAAUCUGUUGUGAAGAAGGACGAGCUGGAGAAGCUACCAAAAGCCGAGAUUUUAAACAGCGCUUCAUCGUUUUACACCACGCAGAAACUGUGGACGUAUGGCUUCAUUAUCGAACUGCUCAGGUAUGAUUCCCGUGCAGAUGUUGGCGCGCAGAUGAUCCGCGUUGAAAAUGAAACGUUUGAAGUGGCCAAGUGUGGUCUGAAAGAUGUCAUUGAUGCGCGCACUAAAAUAAACAAUCGGAAAGUGUUGCCGUUCUUCAUUUUGGAUGAAAUGACGCCAAGCGGGGAAAUUCCGAACAUGAUGAAAUUAGCGGCGUUUCAACGCAAUGUCUUUCGUGCUUGCGGUCUGGUCGUGAUUGUAAUGGGCACGGACGCCAAGAUUUCGAACCUGGUUAGUCAGUCACAGCACAGUCGCACAGGCUCUCAUUGGUGGAUGACCGUUGUCUCGAGUUUUCCAACUUACCAGUCUAUUUCCUCUCCACGAUCCUGCGAAGGAAGAAUCGUGGCAGAAGGUGAUAAAGUUGCAUCCCGUCGUGAAGGACAUUGCUGA